CCCACCUCCUCUGCCUGCCUCUUUCACACGGAGCAAGCGCGCAGAGAAAGAGAGGCCGUUCCGUUCCCUUUUGUCGCUGGGCAGCAUGGCCAUCCCGCUGCCGUGCAAGGCGCUGCCGCGGCAUGACGGGACGAAGGGCAGCGGGCAGGCGUACGACGGCGACGACCAGCCGUCGGUGGCUGCGGAGCUGCGCGCGCUGUGGGGCAUGGCGGCGCCUGUCACUGCUCUCAACUGCGUGGUGUACCUGCGCGCGAUGGUGUCCGUGCUGUGCCUGGGGCGGCUGGGCCCGCUGGACCUGGCGGGCGGCGCGCUGGCCAUCGGGCUGACCAACAUCACGGGCCACAGCGUGCUGUUCGGGCUGGCGUCGGGGCUGGAGCCGCUGUGCGCGCAGGCGUUCGGGUCCCGCAACCACGAGCUGCUGACGCUGUCCCUCCAGCGCGCCGUGCUGCUGCUUCUCCUGGCGGCGCUGCCCAUCGCGCUGCUGUGGCUGAACGUGGGCCCCAUCCUGGUGGCGCUGGGGCAGGACCCCACCAUCUCGGCGCACGCCGCGUCGUACGCCGCGUUCGCGCUCCCGGACCUUGCCGCGGGCGCCGUGCUCCAGCCGCUGCGCGUGUACCUCCGGUCGCAGGGCAUCACGCGCCCCAUGGCGGCCUGCUCCGCCGCCGCCGUGGCGCUGCACGUCCCGCUCAACGUCGGCCUCGUCUUCGGCUUGGGCCUCGGCGUGCGCGGCGUCGCGGCGGCGCAGGCCCUCACCAACGCCAACAUGCUGCUCUUCCUGCUCGCCUACGUGCGCUGGGCGCGCGCCUGCGAGCACACCUGGAAGGGCUGGGCGCGCCCCGCCGACGUCGCCGCCGGCCUCCCGGCCCUCGCCGGCCUCGCCGUGCCCAGCUGCGUCGGCGUCUGCCUCGAGUGGUGGUGGUACGAGGUCGUCACCGUGCUCGCCGGCUACCUCCCCAACCCCGCCGCCGCAGUUGGCGCCGCCGGGGUGCUCAUCCAGACCACCAGCCUCAUGUACACCGUGCCCAUGGCGCUCGCCGCCAGCGUCUCUACCCGGGUGGGCAACGAGCUGGGCGCCGGGAAGCCGCGGCGCGCCCGGAUGGCGGCGCUGGUGGCGCUGUGGUGCGCGCUGGCGGUCGGCGUGCUGCACGUGGCGUGGACGGUGGCGCUGAGCAGGCGGUGGGUGGAGCUGUUCACGGCGGAUCCCGGCGUGGUGCGGCUGGCGUCGGCGGCGAUGCCCGUGGUGGGGCUGUGCGAGCUGGGCAACUGCCCGCAGACGGCGGGCUGCGGGGUGCUCCGGGGCACGGCGCGCCCGGCCGUGGGCGCCCGCAUCAACCUCCUCUCCUUCUACCUGGUGGGCACCCCCGUGGCGGUGUACCUGGCGUUCGGCGCCCGCGCCGGGUUCCGCGGCCUCUGGUACGGCCUCCUGUCGGCGCAGGCCACGUGCGUGGCGCUCGUCCUCGUCGCCGUCGUCUGGCGCACGGACUGGCGCGUCGAGGCCAUGCGCGCCAAGAAGCUGGCGGGGCUGGAGCUCACCAACGACGCCGAGGAGGAGAGCAGGCGCCUCGUGGCCGCCACCGGCGAGCAGGCGGAGGAUACUAGCUAGUAGUGGCGUAGGUAGGUAAGCUAGCUAGCUAGCUAGCUAGGUGCUGACAGCGGCGCGACGUGCGUGCGUGCGUGCAGGGUCGCCGUCAUCGUCUUUGAGGCCCCAGCAGCCAGCAUCAAUGGACCAUACUACUAGUACCAUAGCUAGAGUGGCUUGGCCUUUUCAAUUCGCUGCAGGCUAGAGCUUCGUGGGGCGUGCAGGGGCCUGACGGAUUACAAUUGAUUAUACCU